AUAUGAAUAAAUUCUUAAAUAGUUUACGUUGUUUUUCUGUGAACAUGUAUUUUUUUAAUGAAACUAUUCUAGUCUAGGAAUUUGAAUAAAUGGGAGUCCACUUUGUUAAAUGCAGGUUUUAAUGAAUGAACUUGAUAUUCAAUAUCUUUUUAAAGGCAUUUUUUUCAUGCAUACAGGUAAAUUGGACUUUAAAAAGUAGAUUUUUGGAAAAACCUUGAUAUUAUUUAUGAAGUUGAGUGAAUGAUGAUUUACACAGCAGUGGUGUUUGGUUUAAUUGAACACGUUUUGUCGUCCUGUGUUUUGACACAAAAUACUACAUAUAAUGCGUCUGAGUUUUUUAUAAGAGACAGGAAUGCAGACUUUGAUUAUGCAAGAGUUGGCAAAUAUAAAAAGAUAUAUUGCUGUGCUCGAAACUAUGCUAGAAUAACUUGGGAGUUCAAGAAACAAGAUGGAUUAACAUGGCAGCCGUUACCUUGGAUUUCUUCACUUCAAGAUAACAACCAGACUCUUCAGAUACUAGAAAUUGGUUGGAAUAAUGAGGGAAUUUAUAGAUGUACUGCUUUCUCAAGUGAAAAUAAUGUUAUUUCAAAUCAUAGUACCAAAAUAGAUGUAUACUCUUGUGUAGACAGAGUGAAACCAGAAGCGUAUGGGCCUAAGACUCAGUACGGACGUGUUGGCGGAACAGUUAGUUUUAUUUGCACCGGUGAUUUUGGAUGUACUCCAGAUGCUGCCAGAGAUGUAUCGUGGUAUGAUGAAAGUGAAAUGGAGUUGAAACCGUUGGAUAACAACACAAUAUUUCCUAGAUAUAAUGUAACAACAAUAGAAAGAUCGAAUCACACCAUUAUAGAAUCCAAGUUUGAAAUUAAAAGAAUUGAACGGAGAGAUUUCCAAAAGAAUUUUACCUGUUUCGUAACAUCGACUUAUCAGGAAGGAAAUCGCAAGUUUAUUGUCAAACUAAAGGAAGCAAGGAUCCAAAUAACCAACAUAACUUGGAUGACAGCAGAAGAAGUAACGGCAAUAGUGAUACCAUCGGUUAUUAUUUUAACAGUCGCAAUUAUUUUCCUUUCUGUGUUUUAUUUGAGAAUAAAGCUGUUUAUUCUUUCCCGUAUACCUUAUUGGCAUUUGAUAGACAAAGGUGAUCGACAAUACCAUGUGUUCAUUCUCCACGAAGAUGAGGAUACAAAGCUAGCAAGAAGAAUUCAACAAAGACUUCAAUCAGACUCUUAUACGGUCAAAAUAUCUGGAAGUAUUACAGGCGGAACUGAUCUGAUGCAGAAAGCACAAGAAUUUGCACAAGAAAGUAAGAGUUUGGUUAUCAUUUACCCUUCGGAAUAUUCAGAAGAUAGUCCGAAUAACAACUUCCAAAGUUUCAUGGGGGUCAGACAGUACUACAGUCCGAAUCUCGUUACAGUUGUUGACGAAGCUGAAAGAACCGGCGACAAAGUAGAGGUUAUAGACUCUGACAAAACGUUAGUUAGAAUCAAAUAUCCACCUAAUCAAAACUGUAGUACAUAUCGGCAGGAAAAUUUCUACUGUAAACUUAAACUACGGAUGGCUAGAAGGACAGGAAAUAAUGUGUGUUGUACAAAAAAUAACGACCAAACACAACAAGGUGCUGAAGAUACAGAAUUACUUAAUGGACAACAUAAUUUAUCAAAUAGCGAAGAAGAAUCAUCUGCAUAAGUAUGGUCAGAUUAUAGUAACCAAAUUGUAUAGUUUUUAAAGAGUUUGCAAAGACAUUAGGAACAUCCGUCAAAUGAAAACGGUAUCUCUUCAGCAUAUAAAGCGUUUCCUUAUUUGUGUUAGUAUAUUUGUUAAUAGUUCACCUUAAAAAUGAUAAGGAACUAUUGAAGUACCCAAUGUCAGCAUGUGAGUCUUCAAUAAGUUUUUUAAACUAAUAAACAUGUAGCCAAAGAGUCAACAUUUCCCUAGGUGACGAAUACACUGUGAAAGCACUUGUAUGAAGCAAAUUAAUCAAAAUAAUCUUAAAAACAGUAGAUUGUCAUAAGAUAGUAAAUAAAAACUGUUCAUAUGAGGCUUAUGUAAAUCAUAAAGCUCGACUGGUCGAAUUUAGUGGGCGCUUUUUUGUGUGAAGAAAACUUGAUGUUGAUUGCAGACAUUUGUAUCGUCUUAUUAAUAUAUUUAAAAUUGUGAAAUCGGUGCGUUUCAAAGCACGCUUUAUAGCAAAUUGUUAAGAAAAUUGAACGUUGAAUGCUUCUUUUUUGUAAUUUUGUAAAUUUAUUGGUUGUCAAAGCGGUGAACGAAGUUGAUUUCAUAUGAAACGCCUUGUCCGAAGUGUAAAUUUGGAUCUAUUGUCAUCUCCUAAGGUUUGUCAUCUAUCUAUGCUACUGGUCGUUCUGUGGGUUUUUUUUAUCAAGAAAUUGUAUCCCCUGACACCACACCUCCCCACAAUCAUUCUGUUGGCAUCGUGUAAAAAAAUGUGGUCAAAAAGUCCGUUAUCAAAACUUAUAAUGCCGCCCUUGAUAUCAAUACAGCAUGAGGGUUAAAAUACAAAACAAAGCCGUUUUAAAUAUAGGAAAAAUGAUGAAGCAAGGAUGGUAUUAUAUAGUAUUGUCCGUACAUAACAGUUUUGACCAAAUUUAGGUUUCUUUGCUCUUGUUUUGAAAAACAACUAUAAUAGAGAUACUGUACCGCCCAAACAUUUAGCUGUUUUCUUAACAUCACACGUUUUGUAAAACAUCUUUGAAUUUCCCCUUCCCCUUUUGUGUGAACUGAUACUUUUAAAAAUCUAAUGUUUUCAUUUCAUUCAAAAUACGAACAAAUCUCUUGUAUUGCAAACAUAGACCAUCAGAAGUAGUAUUUGAAAAGGUACCAAGUAGUGCACAUAUAAUCGAUUUAUCAAUGGUAUAGCCGUUUCGAAUAGGUGUAUUAAUUUUAUAUUUUUUACUCGUUUGGUCUUUCACUUUUUUUUUGGCACAAUGUCUGCUAUAUUAAAUUCUAUGUUAACGAAUAUCUACAGUACAAGAUAACAUCAA